GCAGCAAACUUGCUAACGCGUCUGUACAAAGCAUCGCACGCAGCAGCAGAAGCAGCAGCAGCAGCAGCACUUGUUGAGCAGAGUUUGAGCACCAGCAGCAACAGCGGCUUAAUACCGCCGCCCUCCGUCGUCCCCCUUCGCACACUCACUCAAUAAACUCACUCGUCGCGCUCACUUCUCCAACUCUACUCUCCUUUUGGGAGUCAUCGAGUCAGCAGCAGCAAGUUGUUUUUAUUUGCUUUUUUUUAGACAGUCGCGACGGCGCGCUCGUUUCAAUCAGACGCAAAGUUCUUUUUUCUUUUCGGUUUUAUUCCGUGGAAAUUGCAAUUGGAAUAAAUGUCGUUUUUUUUCGUGUGUUGUGUUCAAGUGCAAUUUGUAUGAAAGUAGUACGAGCAAAACAAAAGCACAAUAGAGGAGAGCAUUAAAGAAGAAAAAACACAAACACAAACACAAACGUCAAAUACUUUGUGCCACACCCAAGAACCGUUCAAAUCAUCACCAUCAACAACUGGGCAACUAGGCAAGCAGCAAAAUGUCGCCAAAAUCGCUAAAUGUGCGCGUCACGACAAUGGACGCCGAACUGGAGUUCGCCAUUCAGUCGACAACGACUGGCAAACAACUGUUCGAUCAGGUGGUCAAGACGAUUGGACUGCGUGAGGUUUGGUUCUUUGGUCUGCAGUACACGGACUCCAAGGGCGACUCCACAUGGAUUAAGCUAUACAAAAAGGUGAUGAAUCAGGAUGUCAAAAAGGAGAAUCCUUUGCAAUUCAGAUUCCGUGCCAAAUUCUAUCCGGAGGAUGUGGCCGAGGAGCUGAUACAGGACAUCACACUGCGCCUGUUCUAUCUACAAGUGAAGAAUGCCAUAUUGACCGAUGAGAUCUAUUGCCCGCCGGAAACGUCGGUCCUGCUGGCCUCCUAUGCGGUACAGGCGCGCCACGGUGAUCACAAUAAAAGCACCCACACAGCCGGUUUCCUAGCGAACGAUCGCCUAUUGCCACAGCGCGUCAUCGAUCAGCAUAAGAUGUCCAAGGAUGAGUGGGAGCAAUCGAUAAUGACUUGGUGGCAGGAGCAUCGCAGCAUGUUGCGCGAGGAUGCAAUGAUGGAGUAUCUGAAGAUUGCCCAGGAUCUGGAAAUGUAUGGCGUUAACUAUUUCGAAAUACGCAACAAAAAGGGCACCGAUCUGUGGUUGGGCGUCGAUGCGCUCGGCCUCAACAUUUAUGAGCAGGACGAUCGAUUAACGCCAAAAAUUGGCUUCCCCUGGUCAGAGAUACGUAACAUUUCAUUUUCGGAGAAGAAGUUCAUCAUCAAACCGAUCGAUAAGAAGGCACCCGACUUUAUGUUCUUUGCGCCGCGCGUUCGCAUCAACAAGCGCAUCCUGGCCCUCUGCAUGGGCAACCAUGAGCUCUACAUGCGUCGUCGCAAGCCCGACACGAUCGAUGUGCAGCAGAUGAAGGCGCAGGCGCGCGAAGAGAAGAAUGCCAAACAGCAGGAGCGCGAGAAGCUGCAGCUGGCACUGGCAGCACGCGAACGCGCCGAAAAGAAGCAGCAGGAGUAUGAGGAUCGGCUGAAGCAAAUGCAGGAGGAGAUGGAGCGUUCGCAGCGUGAUCUGCUCGAAGCGCAAGAGAUGAUCCGACGAUUGGAGGAGCAGCUGAAGCAGCUGCAGGCCGCCAAGGAUGAGCUCGAGCUGCGCCAGAAGGAGCUGCAGUCUAUGCUGCAGCGCCUCGAGGAGGCCAAGAACAUGGAGGCCGUUGAGAAGGCCAAACUGGAAGAGGAGAUCAUGGCCAAGCAGCAGGAGGUGCAGCGCAUUCAGGACGAGGUCAAUGCCAAGGACGAGGAGACCAAGCGCCUACAAGACGAGGUCGAGGAGGCACGCCGCAAGCAGGCCGAGGCUGCUGCUGCACUGCUGGCUGCAUCCACCACGCCGCAACAUCAUCACGUUGCCGAGGAUGAGAACGAGAACGAGGAGGAGUUGACGAAUGGCGAUGCCGGCGGCGAUGUGUCCCGCGACCUGGACACAGACGAGCAUAUCAAGGAUCCCAUCGAGGACAGACGCACGCUGGCCGAGCGCAACGAGCGCUUGCACGAUCAGCUCAAGGCCCUGAAGCAAGAUCUGGCGCAGUCACGCGACGAGACGAAAGAGACGGCAAACGACAAGAUUCAUCGCGAAAAUGUGCGCCAAGGUCGUGACAAGUACAAGACGCUCCGUGAGAUCCGCAAGGGCAACACAAAGCGUCGCGUCGAUCAGUUUGAGAACAUGUAAAGCGUUUGACCACGCCCCAUUCUCUAUUCCCCCUUCCACCACGCGACACAGCGCGCUCAACACAAACUGACCAGCCCCACUCCACCCUACACCCUCCACCCUCCACCCUCGUUCCCAAUCAAACAGACAACUAUCCAAUUUAAAUGCAGAUUAAGAAUUUGGCAGAUCUAUUUUCAUUUUGUCAGUGUGGACUUAAGGAGAGAAAGCGCAUCGUUAGUUACAAAUAAUAAUAAUACAAAUAAUAGAAAGAUUCGCUAAUGCUUUGUAGACAGUGUUAAACAACGCACCCGCUCUCCCUUCUAGUAGCCCCUUCUUACCCACAUUAACUUAACUUAACUUACCUUCCCUUACCUUACCAGCCACCACAUCUCGAUCAGUCUACCCAUCAAUUAUCAAUUUUGUCAAUGGUAAAAUGGUCGCAAAUCUUGUUAAUUACACAACUCACACGCUUCCCGUCCGCAAAACCCAAAACAUUUUCUUUGUUCAUUUUGUGCGCGCAUCGAAAAGAGAGAAACAACAAAUAUAUUAGAAAUAAACAAAACAAAAACUACA